GUUUAAUCUAACAACCUAGUGGAUUUCCGAGAUGCAGAAAUCAUAGAAUAUCCCAAAAACAUUUCUGAAAAUGAAAAUGCAUUGAUGAAUCAACCAACUCGUGAACUGAAAGAAAUGUUUACGGUGAAAAGUAUCGAUCUAAACAUUGUAUAAUUAAAAACUUUGCUACCUAAAAUUGAUUUAUUUUUAUCCGUUUCUAUACUUGUGAAUCAAGAAUGUUUUAUCGCGUAAAGUAAAUGCUAGGUUAACGACGCGAUUAUCUAAGCUCACUGUUGUGUGUUGUAUAUUGAAUUAGUUUAAUGAGAUUGACCACUUACAGCAGAUGGUAUCAAUCCUUGUCAAUCCUUGAACGACCAUGAUCUCUUGUGUAUUGUUUGCUAUUUUUAGUUUUAUAAAUACUUCGUAUGCUCAACAGUCAUUAAGUUUGAACGGAAAAUGGGAGUUAUGCGACUCAAAAAGUACUUACAAAAACCUAAUAGGCAAUGUACCAGGUGGUAUUUACAGCGACCUAAUGAGCAACAAAGUUCUUGGUGAUAUUUUCUCUGGGUACAUGGAUGAUACAACUAAGUGGGUUCCACGUCAGGAAUGGAUUUAUACGAAAAAUUUUACUGUAACCGAGGAAUUAUUGAAUUUUGAAAACAUCAACUUGAUGUUUGAUGGGUUGGAUACCUUUGCCGACGUAUAUCUCAAUGGCGAGAGAAUUGGGCAAAGUAGAAAUAUGUUUGUUCAAUAUACUUUUGACAUAGCACACAAAUUAAAGGUUGGCGAAAACAUAAUAAAAGUCCACUUUAAGUCACCGGUUAAAGUAAGCGAAGAUCUAGCUGAAAAACAAAGUCAAUCUUAUGUAAUACCGCCAGUAUGUCCACCAAACGAAUACCAUGGAGAAUGUAGUGUCAACAUGAUCAGAAAGAUGCAAGCUUCUUAUGCGUGGGACUGGGGUCCAUCCUUUCCAUCUGUGGGCAUCUGGAAAGCCGUGUACAUAGAAGCUUUUAAUUGUUCAGUCAUACGUCAUGUGGUAAAAGACGUUGUAGAAGACGAUAAAAACGAUGUUUGGAUUUUGAAUGUCGAUGUAUACCUAGCACCUAGCAAAACGACUAUUGCAAGUGGGAAAAUCGAAUUUUCCAUUAAACUGAACAAUGAAGCUGUUACUAAAGUUGUUGAUGUUCCAGAGAAUUCGAUGGUUGUGUCAGCUGUUAUUGAGGUUCCUAAGGGCAGUGUCCACCCCUGGUGGCCCAACGGAUAUGGAGCUCAUGACUUAUACCUUUUAAAAGUUAGAUAUUCUGCAGAAAAUGAAAGAGAAGUCAGCAUAAAAGAAGUGCGAGUUGGCUUCAGGACCGUUGAACUAGUACAAGAUCCAGUAGGUAAUGGUUACAGCUUCUAUUUUAAAGUGAAUGACGUCCCAAUUUUCAUGAAGGGCUCGAACGAAAUUCCUGUAGACAUUCUACCAGAACGCGGACAGGACAAGAAAAAAAUUCGGACGUUGCUAGAAACAGCCAGAGAUACCCACAUGAACAUGUUACGAGUUUGGGGUGGUGGGGUCUAUGAAUCGGACUAUUUCUAUGAUCUAGCUGAUGAAAUGGGCAUCUUGAUUUGGCAAGACUUUAUGUUCGCAUGUGCGCUCUAUCCGAGCAACAACGAUUUCUUGGAAAAUGUGUUGGAUGAGGUUGACUACCAAGUUAAGCGAUUGAGUGGCUAUACCAGCAUUGCAUUAUUUGCAGGAAACAAUGAAAAUGAAGGAGCACUCCGUGAUGACUGGUAUCAUGUGAGACAGAAUUUCACAUUAUUCAAAAAUGAUUACGUAAAACUUUAUGUUGACACAAUUAAAAAUAGGUUUGAGGAAAUAACACACAAAAGACGCAUUUUUGUGGCUUCUAGUCCCUCAAAUGGUAAAAAAACCGAACAGGAAGGUUAUGUGUCCAACAACCCUUAUGAUCAACAAUAUGGAGAUGUACAUUACUAUAACUACGUGUUAAACCCACUGAAUGCGAAUAUUCUUCCAAUACCCAGAUUCGCAUCAGAGUAUGGUUUGCAAUCGUUGCCAGCACUGGAAACCUGGCUGACAGCUACCUCUAACUAUUACGAUUUGUUUAUCAAUAGCGAAUUCGUGACACACAGGCAACAUCAUCCAUUGGGCAACGGUGAGAUCCUUGCAAUGAUUAACAGAGAAUUCCACUUGCCCCAUGCGACUGAUCAGAGAUACGUUGAGAGCGUCAUAUACUUUUCGCAGCUAAUACAAGCCCUGGCCACAAAAGUACAGACAGAAUACUACAGGCUUCACAGAAGUGUAAUCCACCAAGACGGGCGAGGGAAUACUAUGGGCGCCCUCUAUUGGCAACUGAACGAUGUUUGGGUUGCUCCAACUUGGUCGGGAGUCGAUUUCACUGGUAAAUGGAAAAUUCUGCAGUACAAUGCUCAAGGUUUUUUCGCACCUUUAAUAAUCACUGGUUUUAUCAACAUUCAGAAUCAACUGCAAGUUUACGUAGUUUCUGAUUUACUGGUGAACACGUUCUCCCUAACAGCCAGCAUAAAAGUUUUCAACUGGAGUGACUUAACACCUGCAGUAGAGCGUAAUGUAUCUGUGGAUAUGGACUCUGGUUCUUCAAAACUGAUUAUGUCAGCAGGUAUUCACGAUCUUCUAGGUAAUGCCAAAUGUGGCUCUGGUUCAACAGCUACUCAAAACUGUUUCUUUCAUCUAUCCUUGUACAAAUCUGGAGCUCAGGUAGCUCCUGAUAACUUUGUUAUUCCAACAAACAUACGCAACUGUAAUCUGCAGAAUCCUAAUCUAAAGAUAAAUUCGGUGAAGAAGAUUAACGUAAAUGGAACGUUCAGUAUCGAACUGACGACAGACAACGUUGCAUUAUUUGUAUGGUUAGAUUCUGGCAAAAUUCCAGGAAGGUUCUCAGAAAAUGGGUUCCUGCAAGUGGUUAAAAAAUUUACAUUAUUCUUUUACAGCCAGAUUGAAACUAGUCAAGAUGAACUAUCAAAAGAAUUAACGAUUACAAGUGUUGAUCAUUAUUCUCAAUUAUUCAAUCAUUGAAAAUUAUACAAGCCACAGACAAAUACACCCUUUACGAGUAUUAAGAGGGCUUCAUAAAAUUUCAAUUUCAAUAUCACGUUUUUGUUAAGGUAUAUAAAUAAUCUUAAAACUGUCACAGGCCAAAAUAGAAGAGUCAGAAGUUCAAAAUGUCUCGAUAUCUCUAGGUGAGUAACAAACGAAUUAUUAAAUUGAAACAGGUAUAUGUAUUUCAAUAUUCAUAUUAUAAAUACACCAUAAUAUAAUAUAAUGUAUAUACAAUAAAGCUAGAACUUUAAUGGAAUUACAAAAAUGUCUUUUAGUAAAUCUAUACCUAGCUGUGAAUUUAUAAACAGGUUUGUGAUGACUGUAUCCUG